CGCCAUCACCUAAUAAUUUGGACUUGAAGCCUUCCUAACCUUUACUCAAGAUUGCUUAGGUGUUACUAGGGCUGAUUUGCAGCUUUUUAUACCCGGAAGGAAUGCUUCAUAAUCUUCCGGUCGAGCUACUGAAUCAGAUUGUCACAUACCUACCGACCGCACAAUCCGUAGCGUACUUAUCCAGGUGCAACCAUGUUCUGCAUCGCUACUGUGAGGAAGAGGGUUGGAAGGUCUUUGUCCAGACCCGUUUCCCGUCCUUCAAUAUCAAACAGAACUGGAAGGCGGCCGCCCAUUCUUUGACCACAUACUCCCGUGACCUUGAUCGCCACGCGUUCUUAGCUCGAUAUGUUGAGCCAGCAAAUUUCAUUGUCAAGCUCCCGCAGCGUGAACUUGAAACCCAGUGGCGUAGACCUCGGGGCCAAACCAUGGGAUAUCAACCCGUCAUCGAUAGCUACGAGGAAGCUACAGGGUCGUCAUGGGACGCAAGGCGUCAGAUCCUUGCGUGGAGUGCGGGCGCCGAACUUGUUUUACGUGUGAAAAGCAUAGGACCGAAACAUAAACCGGACAGCCGCGGCUCUUAUUCUUAUUCAGACCAUUUCAAUCACCAUACUAGAUGGUUUACGUAUCGCCCACCAAAAGCCUUGGAGGGUAGGGAUGACAUUACGAGUCUGAAGGUGCUGAAACACCAGUAUCGAAAGGAGAGCUCAAGCACAACAGACGUCGAACAUGUCAUCUUCGGGACUGCGAGUGGCCACAUUUAUUUAUCGCAUCUGGAACUUGAUCGAGAUUCAACAAAAACCAUCGGCGCUAUCUUCGAAACUGGUGGCCUUCCUGUACGGUCUGCGGAUAUCGAGGCGUCCGAUGAGAUGUUCCUAGCUGCUUCUUUAGGUGAUACUCAUGUCUCUCUCUACAACAUUCCACGCUUUUUAUACAACGUUCCGGAGAGGCCUCAAGUUAUUUCGCCUUUGUCUGAACUCAAUCUCUCAACAGAAGGCCUGCGAAGCUUUCGAAUCUGGUCUACUCAGUUCCUCUCAGACGAUUUGCUGGCUCUUGGUACCGGCCCUGCACAAAUGCCCAUCCAACUUUUUAGGGUGAGACCUACUGGAUUGCUUCAAGAGCCAUACCGCAAGCUUGCAGUUCAAGAAAUCGACUUGGAAACGUCUAUAUAUUCUAUCAAACCUCUACCGACAAGCAUAGGCGAGAAGCACGGCAAUGGAGAGCUUUUUCUCUCAGGUGGCUACGAUGGCAUCGCAAGACUUCAUGAUCUACGAUCUCCUAGACCUUUCGAGUCAUAUUUCUACGACAGCACAGAUGAUGGUGCCAUGUACUCUAUCCUGAAUAUAGGGCGUGAGCGCUUUGUGGCCGGGGGUGCAAGGCACUCGAUGUUAAAGUUUUUUGAUAUCAGAGUACCAGGAGGUCGGAUGUAUCAUUAUGCUGACUCAUCAAAUUGGCGUAAACGGAAGGUAGAAUCGGCGUUAUCCGGCUCUCAAGACACUGGGUGGAAUGUCUUUUUGAAUCCCCGCAACGAGAUACAGCAACGGUGGAGUCGAGCGUCCGCUCGGGCAACGGAGUCUCCAGUCUAUUCAUUAUCAACACCAUCCUCCGUUUCAGCUACUUUAUUUGCUGGAGUUGAGAAUCAUAUUGUUGAGCUUGAUUUCAUUAGCAUGCUGGAUAAACAUCCAAAUCCAAUCUUCAGCCGCAGUAUUGUACGCGAUCAGCAGGGUAACAUUAACGUAGCUAAGAGCUGGAACCCGAAGCACGACGUGCUCAACUUUGCAAUGUAUGAGCACUCACCAGACAACGCUAUUAAAUUAAAGACUCAAGCUGGUGUGGGAUCUUAUGCAGGGCAAAUUAAAGGCUACGACGAGAGAUGGCGGGAUUGUUAUUGAUAGACAUACAUGGAAUUUUUCCCCCCUGAGGGUUUAUUCCUUUUCUCAUAAGAAGUUCGGGCAGCUCCUAUUACCAUAUCCUUGUCGCGUGAGGCACGACAUUCGAAUCCUUUUUUUUGGUAGAUGUCUAGUCGAUAAAGCCUGACUGGACGCGUCAUACUUAUUGUCGGCGUGAUGAAGCCUUAGAUAUUCCUUAAAAGUAAUCAUAUGUUAAAGAAACCUUUU